GACCGAGGCUUACAAAAGUUGGUGCGUAGACAAUGGCGAAGAAGUUAUAGACUUGGAGAAAACGGUGGACCGAGAUGAGAGUGCAAGGAGGACUUUCGAUCACAGGAGAAAGGGAUACAAGGAGGAUCCCAUUGACGAAGCCGAUCUUGUCAGGAACUUCAUCACCCAUUUCAAUGAAAAUCGAGCCUCAGCAUGUAACAAAGCCGACAUGGGAGAGGUCGUUUUUGACUUGUUUCCAAGGAUUGGUCUCAACUUGUAUGACUUUCUAUAUGAAUGUGGUAUAUACAUGGAUUUCCUUGAAUGUCGCACAUUCUACGAAGAAAAAAAUCCUGAUAACUUCUGAUUCUGAUGCUUCAUGCUGGGAAGAUAUGUUAGGAGAAUGGAAGAUAUUGAAGGGAGGUAAAUGGCUAGGAUAUGCAGAUUCUCUCCAUCGUUUCAGUAGAUACAGUGCUUGCUGGGGGCAGGUUUUACUUUUUCUAGUACAUCAAUGCUACUAAUUCACAUUACAGGAAUUAGGGAUAAGCACAUAAAUAUAUGAGCUCCCCUUUCUUAGUAGAUAUAAUUCAUGAGCAGUAUGACUAUUGAGUUCACCUGGCCAUGUUGAACUACUAGUGUUUUGGAUCAUUAAUAUUGUUCACUUUGGGGAAACUUUAAAUGUUGAUAUUGUAGUUCUUUCAAAUGUUUCUCUUUAGCAGCAUAUAUUUCAUGA